AUGGAAAUUGAACCACAACGCGACUGGCAACUCACGUUUCCUGCACCCACGAGACAAAUUCCGCGAGAGGCGCUGCGAUUUUAAUUAACUCGCGCCUAGAUUACAAAGUUAAAGAGACAAAAUGAGACAAUGAAGGUCGUGUUUUGAAUCUUGUAAUUGAAAUGGAUGAAGAAACGAUAAACUUAGUAAAUGUUUACGCCUCCAACACCGACACUGAACGGCGGACUUUUUUCUUGAAUUUAGAGCCCUUUACUUCAAAGGAAUACGAAAACAUAAUCGUGGGUGAUUUCAACUCUGUCAUGGACAACAGACUGGAUAAACUUGGUGGAGAUCCAAAUUCUCGACAAGCUACAACUUAUUUUCUGAGUACGUUUAAUGAACGUUACGAUCUAUGUGAUAUUUGGAGGGAAGGACACAAGGAUGAGCGGAAUUAUACGUGGACUGGCCGUAUGACUUCUAACCAUUUAUUCAUUCGGACAAGAAUUGACUUUUUCCUUACUAGCCGCGCCUUGAACCAGUUUAUUACCGCAGUAGAUAUUAAGCCUUACGGACAUUCCGAUCAUGAUUGUAUAACGCUGCCAAUUGAUUUUGAUAAGGUUCACCGUGGACCUGGCUACUGGCAUUUUAAUAAUGAUUCGCUUACCGACGUUGUAUUCCAGACGGAGAUUGAGCAGUUUUGGACCGGUUGGCAGGAAAAAUUUUAA